UUUCUAAAGCCUAUUCUAUGAUCUUGCAAGAUCAACAACAACGAUCUAUACAAAUGGCAACUCCAAUGGGUUAUUCAGGCCAAUCAGCCAUGGCAGCCUCAACUCACAAUGGCUCUUCUUCUUCUUUUAAUACACACCAACAAAAUCAAUCAAAAGGCAAUAAACCAUUUUACCAUUGUGAUUUUUGUGGAAGGGAUGGUCAUUCUAUAUCUCGAUGUCGUAUGAAACCAGGAAAUGCAAAUUAUGAUCCGAAUUUUCAGCCUUUUUCAAGAUCAUCCCAACAGAAGCAGCAUAAAGGUAAUUCCUUUGGUCAUAAAUAUAAUCAGCAUGUUGCAGCUGCAGUAGAACAAAGCACGCCUCGCCCGAGCUCAAAUGAAUUGCCUUUCACUCAUGAACAAAUACAACAGCUUCUCACUCUCAUCCAAUCAUCUCCUUUAAACACUUCUACUCCAUUUGUCAAUUUUGCAGGACCUGAUGACGAAGAAAGUGAUAGGUUUGGCUAAAGAACACAAUGGUCUUUACUACCUCGACA